UUUCUUUCUUUCAGUCAGAGAAAUCACACAAACGCAACCACAAAACCCUAGCACUGUAAGCCUACACCACCGCCACAAGGAGUGGCAUACUGCCGCCGUCCGUGGCACUCAAAGUUCGCCAUCCGUCAUCUAGCUUCCCGCGUGCUCCAAGUCUUCAACCGCUGUUCGCUGUCACCGAUCGCGGUUGCUUCCUCGAGCUCGGCGUCCGUUGUCUUUGUCUGCUCAGCCGCGCUUCCGUCGCCGUUUGUUUGCCGUUCACGGCAGCGUCUUCGUCCGCGUUCGCUCGGCGUUCACCGUUCGCGUUCACUCGCUGUUCACCGUUCGAGUUCGCGUUCAUCUGGAAGCCACGUUGCUCUGCUUCAAACUCUGCGACCAACCCGCGCCUCCACUCAGCCGUCGAACUGCUCUCUGUUGUCCCCGCCAAUAAUGAGAUAUCGGUACGCCAUGGUGUGUUCAUCGAACCAGAAUAGGAGCAUGGAAGCGCACUUCCUCCUAAAGAGGCAGGGCUUCGACGUCUCUUCUUACGGCACAGGUGCGCACGUUAAGCUUCCUGGUCCCUCCCUCAGAGAACCCAACGUCUACGAUUUCGGUACCCCUUACAAGCAAAUGUUCGAUGACCUUCGCAGAAAAGACCCUGAACUCUACAGACGAAAUGGAAUAUUGCCGAUGCUUAAAAGAAACUCAACAGUCAAAACAGCACCUCAACGAUGGCAAGACAAUGCUGCUGAUGGCUCCUUUGAUGUGGUAUUUACAUUUGAGGAAAAAGUUUUUGAUAUGGUUAUUGAAGAUCUUCACAAUAGAAAUCACAUUCACAUGAAAAGUGUGCUGGUAAUCAACUUGGAGGUGAAAGAUAACCAUGAGGAAGCAGCCAUAGGAGCAAGGCUUACUUUAGAUCUAUGUCAAGAGAUUGAAGCUACUGAUUCAUGGGAAGAGACCAUUGAUGACAUUGUUGGUGGUUUUGAAAAACAACACCGGCGGAAGUUGUUGUAUGGCAUCUCCUUCUACUAAUAGAGUAUCCAAAAUGUUGAGCAGUAUUUUCAAUUUUGUAUGGAUUAGUCUUCCAUAACUUAGAGCCACUUAAUGUAAAAUUUGAUGUAGAUUUCAUUUUUAAUGAAAUUCAAUGUAUCCUAUAUGGUUUAGAUGUGUCAUGAUGGUAUUCAUUAGGAAUCAAGUUUCAAGGGGUGGCUAGUCGCUGACUUUGGUCUAAAGACAACAAUUUCCUGUGAGAAAAGUAUUUGGAAAUGCAUUUAUAGUUGG